CACGUGACCUCCGAGCGAGCGGCUGCGUUAUCCAAACAAACAUGGCGGAGAAAGGAGCCGAAGGAGCCGCUGGAGCCGCACCACCAACGACGGCGGCGGAGGAGCAGCUUCGCCGCCGCCGACAGGAGCUCAACUACUGGAAGCAAAACGCGGCGCGGCUCCGCAGCAGGAACCUGGUGACCGGCCUGACUAUCGGGGCGUUUGUGGUCGGCAUGUUUACCUACACCAUCCUGUCGGUCAAGCAGGAGAGAAUCAUGGAGGAGCUGGAUGACGAAGCCAAGAUCCACAUCAUGAGAGGGCCGCGGACCGGCGCCAACUCCUGAACGUGAACUCUCCCAAACUCAGUGAUCUGUGGCCGCUGAGGAAGGGACUUUAGUGUGACGUCCAGAGACUGCAGCGAGCAUCACACAGCUCAUAUACGGACAGUUACUGAUUUCUUUUUUUGUUUUCAUUGUUUCUUUUUCUGUUUGGAAAUAGCUGACUUCUGAAUGAUUAUAUUAAUUUAAGCCGA